AUGUCACUUAAAUUCGGAAGUAGAAGAACAAUAGUUGUAUCAUCACCAGAAAUUGCCAAGGAAAUGCUUCAAAAGCAUGAUCUAGAGUUCUCAGGCAGAGAAAUCCGCGAUGCAGCCAGAGCAUUGGACCACCAUAAGUUCUCAGUUUUCUGGUUACCAGCACAAAGCCAGUGGCGCAAUCUUCGCAAACUAUGCAAAGAGCGUAUCUUUUCAUCAGAAAGGCUCAAUGCCAGUCAAGGGCUCCGCCAAGAAAAGGUGCAGCAACUGUGCAAUUAUGUACGCCAACAUGGUCUCAAAGGACAGACCAUAAAUAUUGGUGAAGCUGCCUUCUCAACAUCUCUCGACUUGAUGCGGAACACUUUCUUCUCCGUUGAUUUUGCACAAUUUGAUUCUAUAUCUAACUCUAACACUGCAAUUGAUCCACAGGGCAUAAGGCGUACAGCCAAGUCAUCUUACGGAAAAUUGCUUGAUAUUAUUGAUGGUAUCAUUCGUCAGAGAUCACAAGAAAGAAACACAUCCAACACUUAUCUCAGGAAAAAUGACUUCUUGGAAACCCUCCUUGAUCUUAAUCAGCAAAAUGAAUCUGUAUUGAGCUACAUGGGCAUGAAGCAUUUGAUUCUGGAUUUAUUAGUUGGAGGGACAGAAACAAGUUCAGUCACCGUGGAAUGGGCAAUGGCAGAGUUAAUACGCAACCCUGAAAAAAAAUCAAAAGCUAGGGAUGAGAUCAUGGAAAUCAUUCCACAAAACGAGAUGGUUCAAGAAUCAGAUAUCUCAAAUCUUCCUUACUUGCGAUCGGUUAUUAAAGAAACCUUUCGUCUUCACCCUCCUGCCCCAUUCCUAGUUCACCAAGCUGAAAGUGACGCAGAAAUCAAUGGAUAUAUGGUGCCAAAAAGUGCUGAUUUACUGGUUAACGUGUGGGGUAUUGGCAGGGAUCCAAGCUUGUGGUCAGAUCCUACUUCAUUCGUGCCUGAACGUUUCAUGGAUACAGAAAUUGAUGUGAAAGGCCAGCAUUUUGAGCUCCUUCCUUUUGGCUCGGGAAGAAGAAUUUGUCCAGGACUACUGCUGGCUGAUCGAAUGGCGCACCUCAUGGUGGCUGCUUUGCUUCAUAAAUUUGAAUGGAAGCUUGAAGAAGGGAUCAAACCAGAAGAACUUGACAUGACCGAAAACUUUGAAGCUACAAUAAACAAGGCAGUGCCUCUUAAGGCCAUUGCCGUUUUGGAACCAUAG